GUACCAGCUUUGGGUAUAAUUUACAGUAUUUGUUCUCAAACUUAAAUCUGGCAAUAUGUUUGACGCCAACUAUGGGUCCUGAAUGAAGACAGUGUUUUUUUCUUUCCCAAGGUUUCUGAAAUUUGGUUUGAAACUCAAUGAAAGAAUGCCUCCAAAAAAUAAGCAGAAGAAAGUGAUACAUCAAGAUGAACUGCGACGGUUAAUGAGAGAGAAACAAAGGCAAACGAUAGAUAAGAAGCGUGUCGAAUCCCCAUAUGCCAAGUACAACAGUCUCGAUCACCUUAGCUGCGUACUCUGCAACGAGCGAGUAAAGAAUGAACUAUUGUGGCAGACUCACAUUCUUGGAAAACAGCACAAGGAGAAACUUUCCGAGCUCAAGGGGUCUAAACAAAGUUCUACAAGUCAAGGACCCCAGCCUCUGCUUAAAAGGAAAGCUUCUGAAGACACGAAUGGGAAGAAGUUUAAACCAGUGGCAGUUACAGAGCAGUUGUCUACGCCAGGGCUACCUGAUGAUUUCUUUGCUAAACCUGCCCCGCCGGGGCCGAAGAAACUACCAGGUAUAUUGAAAAAAACGGCAUCUGCUGGGCUGAGUCUUUUGGCCGGAGUCGAUGAUGAAGACAGUGAUGAAGAGGAGGCUGGUGACCAGGGGGCAGAUUCUAGCUUGGGUGUGCAGAAGGGGGCACCUGCCUCAGGACUCCCAUCUGAUUUCUUCGACAACAGCACCAUUCCAGCUGUCCCAGCUGCUUCUCAUUCAGGGUCUAUCCUCAAACCAGAUGAAACUGAGAAGAGUGUGGAGAAGAAGGGAAAUACACCUGAAGCGCUACCAGAAGGCUUCUUUGACGACCCAGUGAGAGAUGCCAAAGUCCGUAAUGUCGAUGCUCCCAAAGAUCAAAUGGAUAAGGAGUGGGAAGAGUUCCAAAAGGAAAUGCGGCAGGUGAACACCAAAUCAGAGGCCAUUGUAGCCGAGGAUGACGAGGAGGGUCGUCUUGAGCGUCAGAUUGAUGAAAUCGAUGAGCAAAUUGAAUGUUACCGGAGGGUUGAGGUAUUGAGAGAUAAGCAAGAUGUGGUGAAGAAGGUUGUGAAGGAGAAAACAGAAGACCAGGAAGACUCCAGCAGAAGUGAUGAGGAUGAAGAAGAGCUGCUCCACUUGUUGUCAAGGGAUUGGAGGGCCAAAGGGGCCCUUGCUUAAAAUUCCCAGGGCAUUUUGACCCUAACUUGAUCAAAAGGUUUCUCCAGAUUAUAAAUAAAAGAGCGAAGUUGCAUAGGAAGCCACUUCUUUCCUCCCUCCAUGUCAAUGACAAACAUUUGUUGAGGAUAUUGAAUGUCUAUAUAACAUGCUUUUGUGGUAAACACUGUUUUUCUACUGUCAGACUGUCGCACACUUGCGGAAAUACUGUACUAUCAGCAUUCAUUAAAAAAUGAACAGGA